AUGGGUUUCUCCGAUAUUUUCUCCGAUUUCUACAACUCGAUGGGCUUCACGGAGCUGCACGCUGAGGCGCCCCCCGAAGAGGAGAAAGAGGACGACGAAGGAGGUGACGACAAGGGAGAGGAGAAGAGCGAUGAUGGUGAUAAAGAAGAGGGAGAAGAGGAAGGCGGAGAGGAGGAGGGGGGCGAUGACGAGGGUGGAGAUGAUGAGGAGGAAGAAGAGGAGGAGGAGGAGGAGCCUGAGGAUCCAAAGCCUAAGCUUGAGGAGCAGUGCGCCAGGUCUGCUCAAUGCGCUCCCGCAAAGCACCAUUACGAGGCGUGCGCCGAGCGCGUUACCAAGCAGCACGAGAACCCAAACCACAAGGGCCCCAAGGAAGACUGCGUGGAGGAAUUCUUCCACCUCCAACACUGCGCGACCCAGUGCGCCGCACCAAAGCUCUUCCGGCAAUUGAAGUAA